AUGCUACCAUUAGCUCUACGGUCCUCUAAAACGACUCCAGUCGAUCUUGCAGAAUAUUUGGGUUUUUCAACAGACAGUGUAGAUGAUGCUGUAAGUUAUUUAGCAAAAGUUGACAGCCACUUAGUAAUAGCUGCUGUGAAUGAAUUAAAUUUGAAUUUUAGACCAUGCGUAGAAAAAGAAUUUGACGGCGUCGAAAGUUUUAUUACACAAAAUUGGAUCACAGCAGAUUUGUCUAAAAUAAAAAAUAUGCCUAUCCUCAUUGGCUUUAACAGUGAUGAAUCUCACUGGCGGCAUAUGUCUUUAGAAGACGAAUAUUAUGAAAAUGUGAAUUUACGGGAUAGUCUGGCAUUGGUAUUCAAUGUUGAAGAAAAUGAAUUUAAAGGAAUGGAAGACACAAUUCGUCAUUUUUAUUUUGGUGACGAUCCUAUGAGUGGAGCAGUGAAAAGAAAUGUCAUUGAUUUCGAUUCAGAUUUUACAUUUGUAUAUCCAACAUACAGAAGCAUUUCCAAAUAUUUAGAUUAUGAAGCUGGCAAUAUAUAUUUUUACGUAUUCUCUUAUUCUGGGGAAAGAAAUUAUUUCAAAGACUUCUUUAAUUAUACUGGUGCGACUCAUUCUGAUGAAUUGGGUUAUUUAUUUGAUAUAUCUUAUAUGAAGGAUAAGCCCGUGACACCUGAAGAUGAAAUCAUUAUUAAUCAGAUGACAACAAUGUGGACUAACUUCGUUAAAUAUGGUGACCCUACACCACAAACAUCGGAUCUUAUUGAAAUACAAUGGACUCCCAUUAAGAAUCUAUCACAGAUACCUUACUUGAAUAUUGACGCGCAACUGUCACUCGGAGGUCGCCCUUUUCAUCGGCGAGUAACUUUCUGGGAUCUAUUCUAUAGAGCAAAUAAUGACAAUUUGCUCACAGCUCAGAACCCUUCGGAAAUAUAA